CUCGGGGCUUAAUCAGUAGGUUGUUGUUGUUGUCUCUAGGCGUUUUAUAAUCGCCGCCGGUAGAUUUGAUUCGAGAGACGUUCUUUGAUCUCUCUUCUCGUUGAUUGAAAUCCUAAUCGGAGAUUUCUGUAUUGGGUUUUUUUGGUUGAGAAGAAAUCUUCUGAGAUCGUAAUCGUAGUGGAGUGAUUGCGAUUAGAUGGCAUCAGAGGAUGUGAAGAGGAGCGAAUCGGCAGCUGUUUCGACGAUCGUGAACCUGGCGGAGGAAGCGAGGGAAGGAGUCAAAGCUCCGGGCUAUGCUGUCCUCAGCAUCUGCAAGUCUCUCUUCGCCGGUGGCGUCGCUGGUGGAGUGUCACGAACUGCAGUUGCACCUCUGGAAAGGAUGAAGAUAUUGCUUCAGGUCCAAAACCCACAUAACAUAAAGUAUAGUGGGACGGUCCAAGGGUUGAAGUAUAUUUGGAGAACCGAGGGACUUCGUGGUCUGUUCAAAGGAAACGGCACCAACUGUGCUCGUAUUGUUCCUAACUCGGCUGUGAAAUUUUUCAGCUAUGAGCAGGCUUCCAAGGGUAUACUGUACUUGUACCGUCAGCAGCCAGGAAAUGAAAAUGCACAACUGACUCCUGUUUUACGGCUUGGAGCUGGUGCAACUGCUGGAAUAAUAGCCAUGUCUGCUACAUACCCGAUGGAUAUGGUUCGUGGAAGGCUAACUGUCCAGACGGCAAACUCUCCUUAUCAAUAUAGAGGAAUUGCCCAUGCUUUGUCAACUGUCCUGCGAGAGGAAGGUCCACGGGCCUUGUACCGUGGUUGGCUUCCAUCAGUGAUUGGAGUUGUUCCAUAUGUGGGAUUGAACUUUGCCGUGUAUGAGUCUCUAAAGGACUGGCUAGUCAAAGACAAUCCUUUCGGACUGGUGGAGAACAACGAGCUGACCAUCAUAACAAGACUCUCUUGUGGUGCCAUAGCUGGAACGGUUGGUCAAACAAUUGCUUAUCCACUCGAUGUGAUUCGUAGGAGAAUGCAAAUGGUGGGGUGGAAAGAUGCUUCCUCUGUCGUUACAGGCGAGGGGAGAAGCAAGCUUGAAUACAACGGUAUGGUUGAUGCAUUUAGGAAGACAGUUCGUCAUGAAGGCUUUGGAGCAUUGUACAAGGGUUUGGUCCCCAACUCAGUGAAGGUUGUACCAUCGAUUGCGAUUGCGUUUGUGACAUAUGAGAUGGUGAAAGACGUUUUAGGAGUGGAGUUUAAGAUAUCAGACUGAGUCCAUUUGAUGAUGAUGUAUUCGAGAAGAGAGAGGGAGCAGCACACUUCUAUUUUUGUAGCCAGAGGAGAGACAGAAGAGAAGUUUUAGGGGCUUUUUAUUUCAGUCUCCUUUCAGCAUCCUUGGAAGGGAUAAAAGGCUAUAGGUCAUUCAUUAGCCAAACCUUUUGUUUUCUUUUUCGUUCUUUCUAUUUAUAGAUUGAGUUUUCUUCUGAAUUAUAAUAAGUCAAGAGGCCAACCUUUAUCAAAAACAUUCAAACCUGUUUGCUGCUGGAGCUUGUGUUUGCAGGUUUUGGUUGGGUCUUGUGGCAAAGUUAUCAUCAUUGUUAUGACUCUCUUAUUGGUUACUCGUGUAUUAGUUGAAUAAUUCUGCAUUUCUCUUGUAUCUUGUAAGAUAAGAUUCAUGAUGUAUGCUAGCUACUCUCCAAGUGUUUUAUGUAUCGAAUCAUAUCUUCUCAA